AUAAUACUGCCCCUAGCGGUAAAAAAUGUAAAUAGCACGUGUUUUUGACAUGUGAUUAUUUCGAUCCAAUAUGAACUAACGAACCGUUAUCACCGAAGUUUUAAAUAACAAACAAUAUUGAAAACAAUUGUACAGUAAUUAAUUAAUAGCCAAACCAUAACGAAUUUUCGUUUCGUUUCUUUGUCGUCACACAGCAGUCGAUUUUGAAUAUAAAUGACGACUGUUAUAAAACUUAACGGUUUUUUAAUUGACUUACACUAAUCAUCAGUAAUGUUAAAACAAAUUUUGGUAUUAUUUCUGUUACGUUUAUAUAUAGAUAAAAUGAUUCCGCUUACAGAUAAUAGGAGAAAUUGGUUAGUUUUCGUCACGAUGUACACAAUGUCGUCUUAAAAUGAACAUUUAUUUGUUUUGUUAAUCUAUAAUGAUCGAUAGAUUUCGUUAAUCUACUAUGAUUAUACGGAAAUCUGUUUUUUAACGGCUUUCUGUAUAAUCUAUUGCAAACUUGUAAAGAAGAAAGUUACUCGACCGAAAAACUGUAAAGUUCAUUAUUUCAUUUGAUAUUAUUAAACAGUAGGAAAGAUUUUAUACGAGAAACGUUUUUAAGUCAGUAACAAAAGAAGAAAUAGAAUUUUGUUUUAAAAUAUGGCUACGGCAACUACAAAACAGUUCAAUAGUAAAUACUGGAUGGAAGAACCCAUACAAGCAAUCUUGGAAGGAAAUUUGGAGAAACUGGAGAAAUUGCUUUUAGAUCAGAAUGUUGAUGAAAUUCCAUGCAUUCAGGAGAAUUUUACAUUAUUACACAUAGCAGUUGGAUUGAAUCAUGUGGAUAUUGUUAAAUAUUUAUUAAAGAGAGAUGCUAAUCCCAAUAAACGAUCGGAUGUUGGAAUUACUCCCGUGCAUCUUGCUGUGAUUUAUGACCUUUCCGAAACACUUUUGCAUCUUCUCGAACAUGGAGGAGAUCCUUUAGUCAUCGACAAAAAUGGAUUUAAUUCAUUACAAAUUGCAAAAGAACGAAAUUCCUACAAGUGUAUAGAAUUAAUUCAAAACUAUUUAAAAGAAGCAAAAUCUAGUAAAAAUUGUAAUUCUAGUCAUUAUGAAAAAUUUUCAAUAAAACAGGAAUGUCAGGAUGUGAAUUCUGAUACAUUGUCUAAAAAAUUUUCAGAAAUCUGCAUUACAUCAACUACAUUAGUAAAAAGCAAUAAUGGCAGUGAUCUCAAUAGAUCAACAAAUAAUUUCAUUUCUGAAAAAGAUUAUUUAACAAUGUCAAAUAAUGAAAUCAGACAACAACUGUUGAAAUUUGAAGAUAAUCCUGGACCUGUAGUAGAUAGCACUAGAAGUUUAUAUAUUAAAAGAUUGCUUGUAUAUAAAUCUAGACAGGCUAAUACUAAAAUUCUUGAUCCUAUUACUGAAAUAUCAUUAAUUUUAGAAGAUAAAUUAAAUUUAUUACAUUACAUCUGUUUAGAAAGAGAAAUAAAUAGUAACUUUUCUGAGCAGAAUUCAAAGAAGAAAUGGAGAGGAGGAAAUCAGAAAUUGUCUUUUGUGUAUUUUCUGUUAGAUCCCAGAAAUACAAAAGAUCUACCUUCAAGAAGUUGUGAACUAUCAUUCUGGGAAACUUUUCAAAUAUUUCUUCUCAGUAUAUUCUAUGUAGGUAAAGGAAAACAAACUAGACCAUUUGAUCAUUUGAAAGAAGCAUUAAAUUUCCAGGAUAAGAAAAAUAUUAAGCUUACACCAAAGAUAAAGCAGAUACUUGAUAUCUGGGACUCAGGAUAUGGAGUAAUUUCACUUCAUUGUUUCCAUAAUAUCAUACAUGUCGAAGCUUACACCAGAGAAGCUUGUAUUUUGGAUGCGUUAGGAUUAGAUAAUAUAACUAAUCAAAGAAGGGGAGAAUACUAUGGGAUAGCAGAAUCAUGGAGUAUGACAGACAAGAAGAAAUUUGGUUAUUACCUCUUGUAUCGAGCAGCAUCUAUAUUUUUACACGAAGGAGAGAGACCGUUAUUCAAGGAUGAUAUAACCGAUUAGAACUUUUAUUAUAUCAAUUAUUUUAUAUUGUUUUAUUUGGCAAACUGAAUGAUGAACUACAGUUCAAAAAUUAUGUAAGAAACUGAAAUAUAUUGUAUACUAUUUAUAUGAAACAAGAUGUAAUGUAAAAGUUAUAAAAAAAAAUAAGUUUGUAAUUGGUUUAAGAAUGAGAACAAUUUGCAUAAAUAAAAACAAUGUAUAUAAUUUUAUUUAAAUAAGAAUAAAAUAAAUAUAUGAAUAUGUUUGUAAUGAAAUAUAAUCAUUAGAACAAACUAACCUAUUGUAUUUAUGCAAACAAAAA